UUGUCCCUAAUUAACGGUUAUUAAAUUCUUUGUCGUAUUGUUCAUAACUAAUGGUUAUUAAAUUAAAAAAUGCAAUGGUACUUAGUACUUUUAAACUUUCCAAAAGAAGAGCGGAAUAGAUUAAUAUUUCUAUCUUGGAAUAAGUGUUACGCGAAGGGUAAACCGCUGAUCAAAAUUGUGUGCAUUAAUGCCUAUUAAUGCCCAGUAAUGCCCAAGUAAUGCCCAAUUUUUAUGCCCACUAAUGUCCUAAUGAUGCUCAUUAAUGCCCUAGUAAUACCUAUUACUGCCUUGGUAAUGUCCAUUAAUGUUCUAGUAAUGCAUAAUUUCGUACUUAGUUUAUUAUAAUGCACAAUUUUCUUAAGUAAUGCCCUGCAGUAAUGCCCCAAAUCUGUACACCGCAAUGCCCUCAACGGUUUACCCCUCGCUAUAUCCGGAUAUGAUCUCCGAUAGUUCGAUUUAUUGAACUAUGGGAUAUGUAAUAUACAUUGAAUACGUGAGCGACCAACAAGGACUUCAAAAUGCAGAAUGAUGGAGAAAGAAAGCGAGCUAUGGCCAUGCUUGCGAGAUCUGCAAGACCAUUUGUGCGAAAAUCUAGACUCAUGAAUGUGUACAAUAUUACCAUUAAGUCAUCAAAUUUACAUUUUUAUGCAAAAGAUGAUGACGGUAACUUUCUACGCAGAAUUUAGUCAACGAGGCCGCAGGCGGUGGCCGACAAUUGCAGCUGACAGUGAAGAAAGAAAAAGUUGUCGAAUAAAUCUACGACCUCACCACAUAGUUCCUGGGCUAUUACGAGAGCAAUUUCUUUUAGGUCUUCAACUACAAGAUUUAACAAUAACGAACGCAUUGGACGCUGAAGCUCUGGCAAUGGAUGAUAUUAGAGAGGCAGUGAAUGAUGAAAAUUACAAACUGAACACCGAACAGUUCAAACGAUAGAUAUGCCAGUAACUUAUCAAGUAUACCUUAUAGGAAACAGUUCUACGACCGGGAAACGACAGGGAUUUGAUAAUGAUAGUGAGCUACAGGAUUUCAUUGGUGGAAGUUUUGGUGAAAUCACUCAUUUUCAACUAGCCUGAUUACGUAAAUGUGGAAGUAACGAAAUCCUUUACCGUACUGGAAUUCGCGCUCGAAGAUUCUGUUACACACUUCAUGAGACUUAUGAAGAACAACCGAGGAAUCAAGGACGAAGAUGCAUGAAACGAGAUCAUGCGCUGUCUGUUUUUGAAAGUCUUUUCGACGAAGUCUAAACGUGAAUGAACGCAAGCAUAAAUAAAUAACUUUAAAUAAGUAAUUUAAUAGU